AUGCAUGUCUCUUUGAGUUUGGUGGGGCAGCAUUUCUGGUCAAAAGACCAGUCCAACGCCUUCCUCUUCGAGGAGGACGUGCGGCAGCUGGCCGUCGGCUGGACCCACAAUGCGGCGCUGCUCCGCAACAACGAGAUCCUCAUGUGGGGCCGCAACUGCUACGGACAGCUGGGCACGGGCUCGAUCAGCGAGCAGCAGGCGGUGCCCCAGCCACUGAGCCUCCGACUGCCCGACGGCCAGACGCCUGCUCGCGUGCACAUGGGGGCAGAGCACGGCCUGCUGCGGACUACAGCCGGCGAGAUCUACACCUGGGGCUGGAACGAGCACGGAAACUGUGGCAACAACAGUACAGAGAAUGUAUGCAGUCAGCGCGUGAAGUUGGCCGGAGCUGGCUCGGGCUUCUGUUACGCCAUUUCCGAGUCGUCUGUUAAUUAA